AUGGAGAGGAUUAUCCGUCCGGUUUCGCGGCAGUUGUUGAGAUCGCGAGCUCGGUAUCCCUUUGCCGUACCUACGCUUCAUGCCAAAAGAUUAUACUCAAAAAGCCAUGCUGUACCUCCGCUGAAAGACCAGUCUCUCUUCAUUGAGAAGGCCUAUGUCAACGGACAAUGGGUAGACGCGGAGUCAGGAAAGACAUUCGAGGUUCAUGAUCCCGCCUCUGGGAAACUUAUCGGCACAUGCCCCGAAUUCGACGCCCUCGACACAGAAAAGGCCAUCGAGGCAGCCUCAGCUGCCUUUCCCAAGUUCCGCGCAACCCUAGCGCGCGAGCGUGCCCGCAUGUUGCGACGAUGGUACCAAUUGAUGAUGGAUAAUGCAGAAGACCUAGCAACAUUAAUCACAUGGGAGAACGGGAAGCCCCUAGCUGACGCCAAGGGCGAGGUGAACUACGCAGCCAGCUUCUUCGAAUGGUUCAGCGAGGAAGCACCCCGGAUUUAUGGCGACACGAUCCCCGCAUCAGUUCCCGGUAACCGAGUCAUGACGUUGAAGCAGCCCGUUGGCGUCUGCGGCUUGAUCACUCCGUGGAAUUUCCCCGCGGCUAUGAUCACAAGAAAGAUCGGACCUGCUCUGGCCGCUGGUUGCACGGUUGUGUGCAAGACUCCUGGUGAAACACCCUUCACAGCGAACGCCCUUGCGGAGCUGGCUCAUCGCGCCGGUAUUCCCAAGGGAGUGGUCAACAUCGUGACGUCGCUCAAGAAUACUCCGGAGGUGGGAGAGGUGAUCACCACCCAUCCUGAAGUUCGCAAGGUCUCGUUCACCGGUUCGACCAAUGUCGGUAGACUGCUUAUGAAGCAGGCUUCGUCUACUAUCAAGAAGGUGUCUUGGGAGCUGGGCGGAAACGCGCCAUUCAUUGUGUUCGAUGAUGUCGACGACCUCGACGCCGCAGUCUCCGGAGCCGUUGCCUCCAAGUUCCGCAGCUCAGGCCAGACCUGCGUCUGUGCUAACCGAAUUUACGUCCAGAGAGGCGUCUACGAUGAAUUCGUCCAGCGCUUCGCCGCAAAGGUCAAGGAUUUCAAGCUCGGUGCCGGCUUCGAGGAUGGAGUCACUCACGGCCCGCUUAUCCACGAGCGUGCCACCGAGAAAGUCGACCAGCACGUCAAGGACGCUCAAGCCAAGGGAGCCAAGCUUGUCGCCGGAGGCCAAAGAGUCCCCGAGCUGGGCCCCACCUUCUACGAGCUGACUGUCCUCGCUGAGAUGAGCAAAGAUAUGUUGAUGGCCUCGGAGGAGACGUUCGGCCCUGUGGCUGGAAUUUUCCCCUUUGAGACCGAGAAAGAGGUUGUCGAGUUGGCCAAUCGUGCCGAGGUCGGCCUUGCAGGUUACUUCUUCAGUGGUAACGUCAAGCGUAUUUUCCGGGUUGCGGAGGCGCUGGAGGUCGGUAUGGUGGGAGUCAACACAGGUCUUAUUAGCGAUGUGGCCUCUCCGUUCGGUGGUGUUAAGCAGAGUGGUUUCGGCCGUGAGGGCAGCAAGUACGGAAUCGACGAGUUCCUUACGAUUAAGAGCGUGACCUUUGGUGGUAUGGGUGAGCCAUUGCAGUCGUAG